AUGCGAAAUCAAUCGUUUGGCGGCUUGGGUUCGCCAUUCCUCUUCGCCGCGAGGCGAAGAGAGCAAAACGCACAACAUCUCCUCCAGCAUCCACGUUUCGAUGCAUUUCGCCUUGAAAAGAGUCUCCGCGAUACACUCACCGCGUGCAUCUGUUUCAAACACAAACGUUAA